UUUUACUGGAUUACAGAACAAAGAAAGGGGAAAGGGACACCCUGCUCUGUUAAGGGAAAAAAGAGAAAUAAACUAAGAAAAAAUACACAAAUAAUAGAGUGCAAAGCGUGCGAUCGGAGUCAACAUUGUGAUGUUUCGGAUUACGAUGUUUUAGCAGGCGGCACAGCUACAUUGUGGAUGGGAAUUGUGAGCGUUUCUGAUGGAUUAAAACGGGGGAAUAAACCUAUUCCGGGAUUGACAGCAGCAACAAGGCUAUUUAAUCGCUAAUUAAGAGGCAUGGCUCAGAUGAGGAAGCUGGCAUGUGAUGGCAUCAGGACAAACUCCCGGGGCGACCCACAGGCCCCGCUGGUGUCAGCCAGACAGGAGAUACUCACCAGCCUGGUGUCUGCCCUCGACUCAGUGUGCAUGGCGAUGUCUAAGCUCAAUGCAGAGGUGGCGUGUGUCACCGUACACGAGGACAGUGUGAUUGCUGUGGGCACAGAUAAGGGCAGAGUGUUUCUCAACUCCAGGAGGGAAAUCCAAACAGACUUCUACAAGUUUUGCCGGGGGCCAUGUCUGCAGAAUCUGACCAUAGCAAAUGCCCAUACCAAAGACCAGGAAGGCGAUCUCAGCAAACUGAGCAAGGAUGGCGAGCAUGGGAAACCACGAGCUCCAUCAGAUGCCCAGUCCAACAUCUUUGUUCUGAGAAAGAUGGUGGAGGAAGUCUUCACUGUACUGUACAGUGAGGCAGUGGGAAAGAGCAGCCUGGUCCCUGUGCCUUAUGAGUGGAUCCAGAAGGACCCUAGCUGUGUGGUGGCCCAUGGUUUGCCUGAAGGAGUCACCCUGAAGAAGCCCUCUGAGUAUGACACCAAGACACUGAUGAAGAUCUUGGAGCAGAGCCACCGCAUCCAGUUCACCGUAAAAAGGCCAGCAGAAGAUUUAUCUCGUGAAGCCAAGGCCAGCACUGAUGUCAAUCACAACUCUUCCACCGCCGUCAUGACACCGAGCAGCCAUGGCGCAGGAAAGACCACCGCCCAGGUAGCCCCGUCAUCCAGUCCUGCCACUUCCAGCAACUCUGUUCUGUCGAACUUCCUGUACGGCAUGCCCAUGUCCUCCAAACCUCACCCGGAUGGCAAGCUGGAUUUCAAACCCAUGUCCCUCCUCAACCUGGGCAAGGACAGACAGGCCAACUGGACAGCGGGGACAGACAAGAUAAGCACGGCUGUUAAGGACAGUGCGAAUAACGAUGAGACAACACGGCUACCUGCUGAGCAAGGUCAGAGCCCUCCUGGCAUCCACAUCUCCAAGAGGCUACUAUUCUCCAUAGUGCAUGAAAAAUCAGAAAAAUGGGAUUCUUUCAUUCGGGAAACUGAGGACAUCAACACGCUGAGGGAAUGUGUUCAGAUCUUGUUCAACAGCAGAUAUGCUGAGGCCCUGGGUCUAGAUCACAUGGUGCCUGUCCCCUACCGCAAAAUAGCCUGCGACCCAGGGGCUGUGGAGAUCAUUGGCAUUCCUGACCAGAUCCCCUUCAAGAGACCCUGCACCUACGGAGUCCCAAAGCUCAAACGCAUCCUGGACGAGCGCCAUGGAAUCCGCUUCAUUGUCAAACGAAUGUUUGAUGAAAGGAUUUUCACUGCUGCUGGCAAAAUUGCAAGGGAGGAGGGCAAGCAUGACCUGGGCUCCAUGCCUGAAGACGGCUUCCUUGACAAUCUGAGCAUCCCGCCCACCACGGCCGAGUUGGUCAGCAAUCCUCACAGCAGCAGAUCAGCAAGUGCAUGCGUGAGUCCCUUGGCUGACUGUGAAGCAGGUCCUUCAGGAGAUUGCAUUCCUUUGAAAAGGAUUAAAACAGAGCCUCCAGAUGGGGAAAUCAUUCAAGUUACAGUGCCAGAUGCUGGUACAAGUGCGGAGGAGGCCAGUGAGUCUGUGGCCGAGCCGGUCGCAGCUCCAGCGUGUCCACCCACAGCCUCGCCCUCUGCUUCCUCAGCCCCUCCUGCUCCGUCUGCUCCCUCUGCUCCCCAUCACCAACUGGAAAACCACGCAGCUGAAGCUCUGUCACCCAGUGCGGCCUCCCAGAGCAUCAGAAGAUCCUCUGAAGCAGGGAGUUUGGUGGAGGACAUUGGUGAAAUGAUUCUUCAGCUUCGGAGACAAGUGGAGAGCCUCUUCAGCAUUAAGUACGCUGAGGCUCUGGGCCUGCCUGAACCAGCCAAGGUGCCCUACUCCAAGUUCCAGAUGUACCCGGAGGAUCUGAGCGUCACCGGGCUGCCCGAGGGAAUCUCCCUCCAGCCCAACUGUUUUGGAGCGGCCAAACUGCGCAAGAUCUUAGCUGCUAGCAGCCAGAUUCAGUUUGUCAUCAAAAGGCCCGAGCUGUUAACUGAGCAAGUAAAACAAGAGAUGCCUUCCAUGCCCAUCUGUGAUGCAGAGUUGGAUGCCAAGGAUGCAGCGCCAGUAACAGAGGACACUGCAGCUAUAUCUAAGAGACCUGGUUUCUCAGAGUGCCUGGAGUCCAAGCUGUCCAGGAUCGACCUGGCCAACACGCUGCGAGAGCAGGUCCAAGAUCUGUUCAACAGGAAGUAUGGGGAGGCAUUGGGUAUUAAAUACCCUGUCCAAGUGCCUUACAAGAGGAUCAAGAACAACCCGGACUCGGUCAUCAUCGAGGGCCUUCCCCCCGGCAUCCCCUUCAGGAAGCCCUGCACGUUCGGCUCCCAGAACCUCGAGAGGAUCCUGGCGGUCGCUGACAAAAUCAGUUUUACCAUCACCAGACCUUUUCAAGGACUCAUUCCAAAACCAGCACCUCGACGCGUCACUUUACUAAAGAAGGCCUACGCCUCGAUAAGUGAUGACGACGACAUUAACCGCAUGGGGGAGAAAGUAGUCCUUCGAGAGCAAGUCAAGGAACUGUUUAACAAGAAAUACGGUGAGGCUCUGGGUUUAGACCGCUCCGUCGUGGUCCCGUACAAGCUAAUCCGUGGCAGUCCGGAGUCUGUAGAAGUCAGUGGCCUUCCAGACGACAUCCCUUUCCGAAACCCCAACACCUACGACAUCGUGUGCCUGGAGAAAAUCCUUCAAGCCGCAGAUAAAAUAACAUUCAACAUCAAGAGCCAGCUACAACCUUUUGCAGAAAUCUGUAGCCAAGCUUGUAACACAGGAACAGACGCCUCCACCAACCGACGAAAGCGCAAGAGAGUUCAGGAGAGCAACCGCGUACCCGCCUCCUCUGACCUCGGUUUAUCAACCAAUCAGAUUCCAGUGAUGCAGUGGCCCAUGUACAUGGUGGACUACAGCGGAGUGAAUGUGCAGGUUCCCGGGAAAGUCAACUACUGAAGGACGGACCUGGACUGCAGCAAAGGGAUAAAAGGCGGAGGGCGUCAGUGAUAUUGGACUCCUGACUCCACGUGCGACACUAACACUUUGUCAGUGCUCAGACUGAAAACGGUCUCUGCAGGCUGGAUACAGAGAGCUGGAGUUGUGACUCUGUGAAUGACGUCCUGAGUGUUGAGAAACAACAGAAUGUAUGUGGAUCAGAAAUGUUGCAGGGCAAAAGCUUUCUGCCUCCCGCCGCCACACGGUGUCGGCACGACAGAAACCACUUUUUGUUUCCCCUCUGAAGCUGAUCAUGACGGUAAUAUUGUUUUUAAAAGUCAUGUUUCUGCCCUUGCAUUUACGACUUGUCCAUCCACCGAGUCAUGUUGUUGUAUCCAGCAUUUGGUUGCAAUGUAUUACUGACAAAAAAAAAUGUCUUUGAUAACGAUCUGGUUCCAUAAUAUUCAGAUAUUUGUACUUUUUAUUUAUUAUAUUUAUUGAAAUAUAACAUUAUGUGCAGGGAUGUAAAAUACAUUAUUCUGUUAUACAGCUCCUCGAGGAACUACCACAACGCUAACACACGCUACUAGUCACUCUUACAGGUAACCGCUGAGAUCAGAUUAAACAGCAGCAACAAAGUGUCUUAAUUGGGCGUUGUGGCGACCACAAGCCGUCAGAAAUUAAAGGAGACAAAACGGACCCGCCCGACAGGUAGAACCUGUGCUCGCACGGCGGCAGGAAGCACCUGCAGUAAACACAAGACCUUCAGCAAACAGCCUUUUCAUGUUAGCACCACAUUAACAACAUGUAAAAUAUCUCAUUUAAAGUCAGCCUGAAUGUAUCUGUAAAGGAAAGAAUGGUAUGUUAUUCUGCGAUGACUGUCUCUGGACUAACGAUAUUUAAUAUGCUGUACCUUAACGCCAAUUAGGCCUUUGAAAUAAAAUGUGUUGCCUUGCA